UGUUCUAGAGGCACAAAAGUCAAACACACAACCUGUCACUGGUGGAGAGGAAGGCAGUUUGUCAAGGACGUGCACUGUGGGCUUACAGAGGAACAGACAGGACCACAGGCAGACAGACAGGUGGUGUUGGUGUCAUGGCGUCAGUGGACAAAACCGGUUCGAGUGUCUCUGGUCGACUGAGAUCAGGGGAUCUGCUCCACGCUGGUCUGGCAGCUGUGCUGUUGCUCGGUGCAUGGAGUGUUGGUGGAUUGGAGGUUUCCACAGGUAAAGUUUCCUCAAUUGAAGCAAUGAAUGGCUCCACAGUUCUGCUGCCCUGCACUUACUCAUCUUGUAUUGGCAUCAAAGACCUCUACUUCAACUGGAAAUACAAUAACAACGGGACUCUUUUGAAGUUGUGUGAAGCAGAGAUUCCAACAGAAGAAGUCGAGCCAAAGGUCCAUGUUUUCCAUGAUCGCGUAGAGUUUGUUGGCUCCUCAAAGACAAACAACAUCUCUAUCUUGUUGUGGAACAUAACUUUCGAGGAUGAAGGGGAAUACAUCUGUUUUGCUAAAAACCCGAAAGAGAAGAACCGCAACCAUAGCGCAAUCUUCACCCUUUAUGUGGUCGACCAAAUGAAGGAGGUCGACAAUACAUUGACAGUCAUUAUUGUCUCAGUUCUGGGUGGAGUCCUCGGCUUAGUUAUCAUCCUCAUGGUGAUAAAGGCAGUGGUCCUUCAUUUCCUACGGAAUGGUAAUGAGAAGACUAAAGAGUGCCUGGUGAGCUCCUCAGGGAACGACAAUACAGAAAAUGGACUUACAGGAGCCAAAGCUGACAACAAAGGGACACCAAAGGCUUAAGUGAAAUGCAAAGAUUGUAUGUUUGUAAAUAUGUUAGAGUUAUAUAUGCUCAAACAAAAAGCUCUAAUCAGUGGACUGUUUUAUCUUACUAGGCUCUAAAUAAUGCAACUUCUAAAUAUCUACUUUAAAUCAUGCUUGAGAUUUGGAAAGUGUGGACUGUGCAAAAAGCUGGAUCACUCUGUAUUUGAUGAGAUAGCCCAUCAGCCACACAGUGUGCUGCCCGUUCUGUGAGUCUCAUCUGUAUCUUACUGAACCCCAAGGUUUAGUGGUCUGUCUGUAAUUAGGAACCACCUUCUCUAUUAUUUUUUACCAAUUACGUCUUAAAACAACCAUCUUUUCAUAUGUUUUAAAAUGUAUUUAUAGUACCACAUAUCCACAGAUAUCCUGGCCAGCCAGAUUGAUAAUGUGUAGCACUCUCUGCUCUGCACAUUAUCAAUCCGGGACUGCUCCCAUUUAAUCCGUUUGGAGAAAAGAUGGCCAUUGAGCAGAACUUAAAGUAGUGAUUGCAUGAAGCGACACCUAGUGCUCGCCUAGCAAAGAUUGGUGUUAACCAAUCACUGUAUCAAAGGAAGAUGUAAACAGCAGGCGGCCUUGGAAACCACAUAAAGGUAAGCUGGUCAAGGCACUUGUUGCUGUUCUACUAUCAAAGAAGAAAUCGUGGAUUCUUAUAAAAUAGAUGUGAUAGCAGCAGUUACGCAGCUGCGCAGCCAUGUAUAUGUUGGUUUGACUGUGGGCUCAGCCGCUAAGCUUUUGUCGCAGCUGUAUGUCCCGCCUUAAGCCACAAUACUGCAACAUGAUUGGCCCGAACCGUCUUUGGUUCAGCCACAAGUUGGAUUCUCGUGUGUUUGUGAACGCACAAAUACCGCGAGAAUUCGUCUUGCAGACAAGGUUAAUCCACAGACAUAUAUCAAGAAAUUCAUCCAACUAUUAAAUUCAAAUGCAUAUUUAGUUCUGUGUAUGAAAUUUUUAUUUUAGUGCUCAUCAAAACUAGGAUCUAAACAAAAAAAUACCAUCGCAUCUACAAAUCACUUUCACAAACCUGCUAGGCUUUUCUCUAUGAAUCUAUACUAAUGAAUAAUUUUGCAAGUCAUAAGUAAAAAGAAAAAAAAUGUAUCACAAUCAACAAUUGCAAAUGAAACAAGUAAACAUACAUAUAUUACUACCAUAAUUAUUAUGUCAGCAUUAAUAACUUAAUACUUUCUAACAGAGUUUACUGUACCAGUGAGUAAUGAAGAAACCACAAAAAUGUUCAUCAAAGCAGCUUUGUUUACAACCUCUGUGACGUAAGCUUUAGUUUUCAUGCUAACAAUCAGAUUCUGGCAAAAUACAUGUUUAUUUGGUUCACUACUGAACAAUGGAAGAUUGUGACAGAAUAUCUGGCUAUCCACUGUGGACAGCUUUUCUCAUGCUACAGAAUGAUCCAGUUCAGCGCAGAAUUUUCGGUUUUAUUUUGGAUAAACACUGGUGCCUGUUCCGCUUCUGCUCCCUCUGGUGAUGGGAGGAUAAAACUCAUAAACAUCAUAAAUGCCCCAAACCAUCAUCACAGACAAUCCUCAGAGUACCGUGGUCCCCAUAGAGAGGAAAGAACUUCAUCUUACUGCUUCUGACUAAUACUUACAAUUUUAGCAUGUGUGCAUUUUGUCGAACCUCAUAUGAGCAUUAUGCUGCACCGUUACGCAACAACAUUCGUUUGUGUCUCAUUUAACGAUUCCAAAGCCGCCUGAAUAUAUGAAAUAAACAAGUUACAUUGGCGUAAAUAUGAGGAGAAGUUACUAACUCAUAGUUUCUGUAAAACUGUUACAACAGUUUAUUAGAAAGGUUUACGAAGUAAAUAUAUCCACAUGAAGCCCUUCUGGAACAGACUUGCAUUAAUCCAUCCUCAAAGAAAACCUCAACAAAACAUCUUACAAAUAGAGUACACGGCAAAAGUGAUUAAUGUGAUUCCAGGAGAGAGCAGGUCACUGAAAACAAAUCUUAAAACCAGCAAGUUAUACAGUCACCAAAUAUUUAAUUAUUGUGUCCAAUUCAUCAAAAAAUGAUAUCAACUUUUUUUUUGAGUCAGCAAAGGAAUAUAUAAUAAAACAAGUCUAAUAGUGGCUUUAUGAUGAAGUAACAUGUUUAGAGUUAAAUAAGACAUUCAAAGGGCCAAAUAGUUUUUUUUUUGCUUGUUUGCUGUUGUCUCUUUGCUUAGAGUUUAGCAUAAAGUUCUUAUUUUGAGUGAAACGACCCAUUAACUGGCAGUCAUAAUUCUGAACCUGGCCAGUGUCUCUAAGGGUUCUUGUAUUUGUCACCUCUUGUGUAAUAGAAGAACAGAGACAAUUUGAGCAUCAACUUUCAUCAGAAAUGCUAAAUUACCCUCUGUGACGUAAUAGUUUCACGAAUUAGGGUUUAUAAGUAUAAGCACAGGACAGUGAGUCGCAGAACGAAGCAUUUACAUGUUUGAGUUAAUGGAUGUAUUUUUAUUCAUCAUUUUGCUAGAAUGAUAUGUAGGGUAUAAAUAUAAGAAUGCAGUAACCAAAGCACAUGAUAAGUGUUUUGUUUAAUAUUUCUUGGACAGCAGUGGCUUCUCCACGCUGGACCACAUCAUAACUUGGCCAUAAUCCCAUAAUACAGUGGUUAUCUUCUCGUAGGUCCAAGGUACUUUACACACACUAAAUUUUCUUUCAACUUUUAAAGUAUGUAAACAAAAAAUUGAAACAAGAUCCAAUCACUUGUAUUAAUAAUAGAAAACAAGUGUUGACCUCUUCUAAAAAAUAAGAGAACAUAUUGAUUGUUAAGAUUUAUUUCUUUAUAAUUUGAUUUUAAUGCACAUACAUAAGAUGAAUAAAUAUUUUUGAAAUUUAAUAAUUCCCUUUAAAGCAUCUAUUGCUCAGAACAUUAUACUUUCUGCAGUUCUGCUCCUCAUACAGUAGUCCUUACACUUAAGUAUAGUAGUCCCAUAACAGUUAGUGACCCUAUCUGAGUUAGGCUAUCUGCAUAGAUGGCCAGUCUGCAGAGUGCUGCUUAACGAAUAUGGUAUUUGUAGUUUGUCAACUGUAGAUUUAAAAUAGUAUAACCUUAAUAAGUUGGUGAUAAGUGCCGCUAUUUUCGUUUCUAUGCCAUGAGCAUCCAUGGCUUUUGCAACAGGAAUUAUUUUUGCUGUUGGAUUUUUCUUUCUUGCUAACAGAAAAAAAUGUAAAAGCUUUAUUUUAACAAACUGACUAUCAGUGCACAGCAACAGGUGGGAGAGUGUCAGUACUGUGAUGUCCCGUAUUUAAAGGAUUGGGCACCGAACAUUACAAGAAUGUUCCCUUUAGGUUGUAAUUAUUAUUCUAGUCAUAGCAGUAAAAUGAUAGCAACUGUUGAUGCUAAGUAGAUGUUGCGUGUAGUUAAAAAAAUAACAAAAACAAAAAAACACGCAGAACUGCAUGUUGGAGCAUGCCUGGAUCAAAAAAUAGGGAAUUCUUGCCAAACUGUGCAGUCACCAAAAUCCCCACUUCAUCUUAUCACAAGUUAACAUAAGAAAAUGUUGUGUUAAAAGCCUUUAAGAAACAAAUAUCUAUUUUACUUUUUGGUAUACAGACGGCAUGAGGUCACUCCUCUGCAGCAGGGAGGUUUGACCCACUGAACACAUCCAAAUCCUCAACAAUUGAAAGCCACAAGCAUAAAUAAAUCCAUCUACACAAAUACUUACAUGCUCAGAGCCACUUUGAUACUACAAGAUUGUAGACUGGCCUUUCCAGGAAACAAUAGCGCACUUUAAAUAAAGCUAAAAGCAACUUUGUGAAAGGUUAUAAAUUAUGUUCAUAGUUUACUUUUCCCAAAGUAAUAUUUUGAUUUAAUAUUUUUGAAUUCUUUAUUUGUGCCUGUCUUUUACUCUCCUCUAUGACAGUGCCCCUCUUGCUUUCAAUAGAAGCAAUAAGGCAGACAUCAGAUUAUGCAAUAACCUGUUGUAAGGCACUUUACUGAUGCGUCUGGGCAGGUAGGCGGCUCUGUCUGGCACAUCUAAUUGUACCCAUGUAUAUAUCUGUACCACACAAAUGCAUUUUGAACUAAUGUACUGAUAUUCAAACAACUUGACCGAUUUGAGCUAGAUAACAGAAACUGUAUUUUCAUGCCAGCUGUCAAUGGAAUGCACUGUGCAGAUCGAAAAUCAAUAGUUAUCCUUAAAAACCAUGAAAUGUAGUAAUAGUUUUUGUCCUUGGAAUUGGCAUAAAUUAAGAUUUAUUGGACUGUGUUACAUGCACAGCUGGCAUGUAAAUGGAGUCAAAAGAGCUGACUGAAAUCUGAUGGCAUUUUGGUGCUUACAUGCUGUAACACCACACAAAGCAACCAAUGUCCUGCUCUUGAUGUUAAAAAUGGAUUGCAAGUCUCUUUCAUUUACCAGCAACCCAUCUUGCUGAUGUAGUUAGCAUUCUUACUAUCCAGCUCAGUCUCGUAGUAUGUCAUUUAAACUGUUGAGAAGAUCCUGUUUGGCAACGUGCAAUGCUGUAUAUUAAGAGGACUUUGGGGGUGUUGUGAAUGUCUUGAGGAGACAGAUGUGUUCACUUGAAUACCAGCUGCUCUCCUGAAUUGUUUUAGACAAUCAGAUUUCAUUCAGCGAACGCCUGCAACACAGGCACUUCAAACACAUCAAACGCAAAAGAGUAAAACAAAAAUUGGUUUGAACUGCAACUCGCUUGGUAAUUUUAGGUGCACUCUGUCUUUAAAGUGAAAUUACUUUGCUUGGCGUGAAUGGAAACGGGAAUGAUUUAUGUAUUCCCAGAACUAAAGUGGUGAUUAGUUGGAAUGUAGGAACAGUGUUGUAAGUAACAGUGUCCUUAAUAUGCUUUAUAAUGUGAAUGUUAUGGAUGUAGGGAUGUUCUGCUGACACACAUGCGAACAUUCAGGCACAAAUGUAAAAGCCUUUCUUUGCAGAACCCUUGACAAAAAAAGGUGCAUUUCUACAUUCAACGUCUUCCUGCUGCUGAAAGCAAUAUUGGGGAGGUGAUGUGUUUAUUAGUAUUAAUUUACCCAAUAUAUCUGACCCUCUCAUUAGCAAUAAGGAUACAGUACAUGGCUUUCCCAAAAAAAGACUGUUGAUCUAUAUUUUCUGUAAGGGUUUCUGCAGGUUAAAUUUAAAACUUUUACUGCCUUUCAAUGAUCACUAUGACGUCCAUUUAAGACCUUACAUGGAUUAAAAAAAAACAGGUUAAUAUUAAAACACAACCCUAACUUUACUUUAGGCAUUUAAGUAAGUGAAAUAUAAUAUUUUUUAAGAUGGACCUCUUCAAAUAUAGAGUCUUACACAAUCACAUUUCUCUGGCUGGUUUGCAGGAAUGACUAAAUGCCAGCAUAUCAUUUCCUUUUGACGUGGCUGUCCUGCAUCAUGACCCUUUUGGUAUCAUCAAAGAAAGAAAUAAAGAUCAGGUGGAAAACACAAUGCAUGUACACAUUUAAAAUGGGACUAAUACAAAUGUAGGGCAUUUGUAUUAGCCCUACAUUUCUAAGACUAUAAAGGAUCAAAAUACAGAUUCUUGAAUUUAACACUUUUUGUGACCUGCAGAAACCCUGUGAUCUUUAACUAACUAGUGUCAUUUCUUAAAUGAAGGCCAUUAACUCUGACAAAUCAGAGAAAAUUUGACAAAAGUCUGCCAAUUAAGCCAGGCCUUUUUGUUAUGUACUCGAAGACGUUUAUGAGUGAUGCUUUGAUUAAGCAAGACAAAAUUAUGCUUCUUGCUUUAAAACUAGUUUUGACUGAUGAAGAGGUGGAAUUUUUUCAAGCAAAGCUGGGAUUUUUUUUUCUUUUUUUAUCUUGUUUGUAUUAUUGUUGGUAUUUUGAUGUGUUUUUCUCUUCCUCAGAGAAAUACCUGUGCUGAAGAUAGCAUAACCCUUGAGGUCAGCGACCUGCUCAUACUGACUGUUCCAGUCCAGAUAGUAUGUGGUCUAAACUUGACUUCUGCAGUUGCAUAAUAUAGCCCAGCAUACAGAUGAUUGCCACCUAGUGGCAGAUGAAUGCAUAACAUAUCUCUCCUGUAUGGCAAGCCAAUGUAAUAUGCAAGAUGCAUUUAAUGUAUCUGACUUUGCAAAAUUAGGAUUGCAGCAUGUAAGAAAGCUGUCAUUUAUAGUGCAAGCGCAAAUAUCUGUUUAAUCAUCUAUAAGAUAUCAUCACUGACUACUUCCACCACAGUGCACAGCUAUAUACAGUGUUGCAUUUAUUGCUAUUGCUUUGUGUGAUGAUUCAAGUUAGAGCGAAAAAAAAAAACAUCACUUUUUGUUUGGUGCCAAAUUAAAGGGAUAUUUAUAUAUAAUAAGAUAAAAAGAAUAAUGUGUAAGUUUACAGAAAAUCCACUGACAGGUACAGGCAUCAGUUUGUGUGAAUUGGCAAACCACUGACAUAUGACAGCUAAGAGUGAGAAACAAGAAUUUGUAUACAGCUUGGAGUCACUGCAACAACCAAGCAUUAUAGGUUCUGAGUGAUCACUGUAAUUCCUUAGAGUUAGUAUUGCUCUUACUGCCAGAGCAGCUGAAACUCGUACUGCCAGUCCAAGAGUCUCACGUCUGCUGUUGUUACAUCACUGUUACUAUAACACAACUUGGAAACUACUCUUACUCGGUUAAAAACCCACUGUAAUACCAUCAGCUUCCGGAUUGUAUUACAAAGAUUGCUCAGAACAAGCUGCUGCAGUUUGAGCAGGAGAAAGUCUCACUGCCAAGCCAAAAGUCCGACGUCUAUUCUCUGCCUCCCACAUUCCACUCCAGAGCUGAAACAGUUACUUGGUUAAUCCACUGGUCGAUUGGCGGAAAAAUAUAAACUGCCAAAUUUUGUAAUUUGUGUUAUAAGACUUUUAGAAAAUUAUUAGUCAAGUUCUGUGAAAGGAUUUAGUAAUGUCACUUUUAUUUCUGACUUUUACCACAAAAAGUAGUUUUUUAUUAUAUAAAGGUGGACAUGUUCAAUAAGUUUUAUUUUGAGUAAUUGUAAUUGGCAUUUGAGCCUAUAAGACAACUAGCAGGUAAAUCAAUACUAUAAUAGUUGUAAGUUGAAGCUCUAUCUGAUGAAGAUCAAAUGAUGAAAUCAGUGAUCUAAUUUUGAUUCAAACCAUAAAAACAGUUUAUUUAACAAUUACUCUACAAGGAUAAUAAAUGGAAUAAAAAUAUCUUAAUCUUUAUAAAAAAACUGAGAAAUACACAGACCAAGGCAAGCUACUGCGAUGUAUAAAAAUCAAGCACAGACUCAAACUGACCAAUUCCCCGUUUCUCAAAGCAGCUCUAAAUUUUGCAUGACUUCAAUAUAUUUUACAUAUCCAUAUGACUAAAUGUAGAGAACAGUCUCACAUCUUCACUGUAUAUUGUAGACAACAGGAAACCAAACACCUUGUAAAAAGUAUAGAACUUAGGUGUCUAGCUUGAAAAUUGCUCAUAUUCAAUUUAACACGCAUAAGCAAAGCAAAUCUGCAACCCUGUACUCUUGGGUCAACUUUCCUAUGAAUGUUCAGCUAUUUGUCUUUGUGAUCAUGUUGCUCAUGCUCCCUUCAUGACUAUGCACCUCAGCCUUUUGAUUUAAAAACAGUACAAAGUGAAAAUGAUUAUAAAAAUUAAACAUGACAAUAAAUCUUUCCAAAGUGAA